AAGGGCCCCCACAUUGCUCUACCGGGGCGACCGACGUCGCAUUCCGGUACCUGCAUAAACUGCAUGUGAGCCAGGAGCUUCAGCAUCUUGAAGUCUUGUAUCAUCGGCAAGGUCACGCUUCGCCAUUGUCACACACACCACCACGAUGCCCUCGGAUCUCGCAGACUAUCUCGCCACGCGGUACCUGGUCGCCGACCCAAAACCCUCCAAGAAGCGCAAGCGCAAGCGCGGCGCCGAGCCAGCUGGUCUGGUCAUCAACGACGACGACGACUCGGCUUGGGGUACCAACACCCAGGGAGACGAUGCAGCUGAAGAUGGUCCUGUAACAGUAACGGGUAGAUCCGCAGAGUUCCGGAAGGCCAAGAAGAACAACUGGACGUCGGUCGGCAAAGGCGCAGAUGGAGCAGAAAAAGACGACAGCGCCGCGGCCGAUGCGAUCCUCGCGUCUGCAGCGGCCGAGAACGAUGCGACAAAGGACGCGGAAGACGAAAUGCCAGUGGUGGAAGACGGAGGGGGCGUGACAAAGAUGAGCGACGGAACCCACGCCGGACUGCAGAGCGCCGCGGCCGUGUCCGCCCAGCUAAAACGACGGCAACGAGAAGAACGCGAGGACUUCGAGCGCCACCGCAAAUCAGCAAAGGAGGAGGAGACAGUAUACCGAGACGCCACCGGCCGACGCAUCGACAUCUCCAUGAAACGCGCCGAGGCUCGCCGCGCAGCCGCCGAGGCAGAAGAGAAGGAACGGGCGGCCGUCGAGGCGCUCAAGGGCGACGUGCAGCUCGAAGAAGCCCGGAAGCGACGUGAGAAGCUAGAGGACGCCAAGCUGAUGAAGUUUGCGCGGACCGUCGACGACGAAGAGAUGAACGACGAGCUCAAGGAAAAGGAACGGUGGAACGACCCGAUGAUGCAGUUCAUGGCCGAGAAAAAGGACACGGGCGGCAAGGGCAAGAAAUCGAAGCGGAAGCCUGUAUACGCAGGCGCAGCUCCGCCCAACCGCUAUGGCAUCAAGCCCGGGUACCGGUGGGAUGGAGUUGACCGCGCCAAUGGGUUCGAAGGGGAGAGGUUCAAGGCCAUCAACCGACGGGAGAGGAAUAAGGGGCUAGACUAUUCAUGGCAAAUGGACGAGUAGGAGAAUGAUUACAGUAGGACACGGUUAUACCCCAUUAUUGAACUUCGCUUGGAACAUCGGAGCAUACAAUGUCACGUUGACUACGCGUGUGACAGGGCUUCUAGUCGUGACAACUCCUUGUGCAAGAUAAUAAAG